GCAUCUCUCCUUUAAAUAAAGCUUGCCAAGAAAUCCCUAGGAGAGGAUUGCUAUAGGUUAGAGUCAACUUGACAGCACAAAACAAUUAAGUCCAAACAGCAUUCAAAUUCAAUAUGACAUCCAUGCUUCAAAUGUUAUACCAAGCUUGUUAGUAGUAAGGGUUACAAGAAUGAUGUAAUUUUGGAGAUAGGACUAAACAUUAGCCGCCUCAUUGUCACUUACCAUAGAUUUACCUUGCUCACAUGAGGAAUAUAAGGGACUAAAAUUAGUCCUUGAAAUAAAAACCCUACUAGCUCAAGAACCAGAAAAGUAAUGUUUCCAGUCUGUACUUGAAACAACACACUUCUAGAGAAGCUGCAGGUCAAUGCUUCAAUUGCCAAGCUAUUUUUUUUUCCUUCUAGGAUUUUCUGAACUACAGCCAAUGGCGACUGCGUUUGAGACUGCAGAUACUGAAGAGACCAUAACCUCUCUCAAUCUCACUGUCUACCAUCCAGAACAAGACAAAAAGCAAGUAUUCCGUGCCAUAAAGUUCUGCCAGCGACAGCAGCUGACAGUGGAUGAGUUUGUUAAGUUUGGAAGAAACCGUGACAUUUGCCAUUUUCAAUUUGUAGACACACAAGUUUCACGUAUUCAGUUUGCCCUCCAGCUUUUUAGACCCUUUGGCAGCUCUGAGUUUGCUUUUGAGAUUAAGAAUUUGAGUAAGAGAGUCAAGCUAACUGUUGACGAUGUUGAAUUGGCCUACCUGAACAAGAUUAUCCUUCCACAGAGAUGCUUGGUUUGCUUUGGAAACUACCAGCUGUUAAUGCACAAACAAGAUGGACAAUCUGAGAAUUUUUUUGAGACCAGCUUUGACAUGUCCAAAACAUCACUGAGGCAAAAAGUAGUGACCUUGCCUAUACCUGAAAGUGGUGUUGUAAAAAAUGAAUUUCCAGUGGAGGCAGAUGAAGAUGAAUAAAUGGGAAACAACGUGAAACAAAGAGCCAGAAUAUUGGAAUGGCUUGAGUGUUGGACUAUGACUCUGGAGACCAAAGCUUGAAUCUCUUCUUAGACAUUGAAAAAAACCUGCUGUGGGCAAGUCACACUCUUUCACUCCCAGAGGAAGGUGAAGGAAAACCUAACAACUUACUGUUACCAUAACUUGGAAAUCAUUCAAAGAUACACAACAACAAUGAAAAAAGGACUAAAUUUUGAGUAAUAACAAAUGUAAUGAUUCACAAUAUGUGGUUAUGGUUCUUUGAAAUUGUUCAACUAUGAGAUCUGUAAUUGAUUUCCUUAGUUUUUCCUUUUCAUUAGUGGGUGGGGUCUUUGUGUUUCAGUAAGUUAGUGUAUCCUUAGUUUGUGUUUAUUAUAAUAGUUAAGUUUUUUAUUAUUGUGUUUAUAGUCUUUGUUCAAUUUAGCUUUGUCUGUGCAUAUAUGUACAUACACAUCACUCUUUUUCUCUAAAACAUAGAAUGCAUUGCUUGUGAAUUAGGAUGUCUUCUAAAACCAAUAAGGAAAUGAUUUUUUUAAAAAGAAAUGAAC